GGGGCUGAGGCUUCUGGCGAGCGGGCGGCGAGGGCCCGGCUGCGGUCUCCUCGCCAUGUCCUCGACCCGCGACGCCAGCGGCCUCUUUCCCCUGCAUCUCCUAGUCUGGAACAAUGAUUACCGGCAGCUGGAGAAGGAGCUGCGGGACCAGAAUGUUGAGGCUCUGGAUCCACGAGGUCGAACCUUAUUGCACCUUGCUGUGUCUUUGGGACAUCUGGAGUCGGCUAGAGUCUUGCUUCGACAUAAAGCUGAUGUUACAAAAGAAAACAGCCAGGGAUGGACAGUGUUACAUGAGGCUGUGAGCACGGGUGAUCCCGAGAUGGUGUACACAGUUCUUCAACACCGGGACUACCACAACACAUCCAUGGCCCUCGAAGGUGUUCCUGAGCUGCUCCAGAAGAUUCUCGAGGCUCCGGAUUUCUAUGUGCAGAUGAAAUGGGAAUUUACCAGCUGGGUGCCCUUGGUCUCCAGGAUAUGCCCAAAUGAUGUCUGUCGCAUCUGGAAAAGUGGUGCCAAAUUGCGGGUCGAUAUCACAUUACUGGGAUUUGAAAACAUGAGCUGGAUAAGAGGGAGACGUAGUUUCAUAUUUAAGGGAGAAGACAACUGGGCAGAGCUGAUGGAAGUCAACCAUGAUGACAAAGUGGUCACUACUGAGCACUUUGACCUCUCCCAGGAAAUGGAGCGCCUCACUUUGGACUUGAUGAAGCCAAAAGGCAGGGAAGUUGAGAGGCGCCUCACAAGUCCAGUCGUCAACACCAGUCUUGAUACUAAAAAUAUUGCCUUUGAAAGAACUAAAUCCGGAUUCUGGGGCUGGAGGACAGAUAAAGCAGAAGUUGUUAAUGGUUACGAAGCAAAGGUUUACACGGUAAACAAUGUGAGUGUGCUAACCAAAAUACGCACAGAACAUCUAACUGAGGAAGAAAAAAAGAGAUAUAAAGCGGACAGGAAUCCACUGGAAUCUCUGUUGGGAACUGUGGAACAUCAGUUUGGUGCUCAAGGGGACCUCACCACAGAAUUUGCCACUGCAAACAACCCCACGGCCAUCACGCCUGAGGAGUACUUCAAUGAAGAGUUUGAUCUGAAAGACAGGGACAUUGGAAGACCUAAAGAGCUGACAAUUAGAACGCAAAAGUUUAAAGCGAUGCUAUGGAUGUGUGAAGAAUUUCCCCUGUCCCUGGUGGAACAGGUCAUUCCCAUCAUUGACUUGAUGGCCCGAACGAGCGCUCAUUUUGCAAGACUGAGAGAUUUCAUCAAACUAGAAUUCCCACCGGGAUUUCCUGUCAAAAUAGAAAUUCCCUUGUUUCAUGUCUUAAAUGCACGGAUUACAUUUGGAAAUGUUAAUGGCUGUAGCACUGCUGAAGAAAUUGUAUCUCAAAAUGUGGAUGGGACCCAGGCUAAUCCAGCUUCCCCUGUCACAAACUUUGAGGUUGAUCAGUCUGUGUUUGAAAUUCCUGAAUCGUAUCACAUUCAAGACAAUGGCAGAAACAUGCAUUUGCAAGAUGAAGAUUAUGAGAUAAUGCAGUUUGCCAUCCAGCAGAGCUUGUUGGAGUCCAGCAGGAGCCAGGAAGUCUCGGGACCAGCUUCCAAUGGCGGGAUCGGCCGGAUACAUGGCUAUGAUACGCAGUAUGAGAGGGCCCUCCAGGAGAGCCUCCUUGACAGUUCAGAAGGCCUGCACCCUGGAGCCCCGAACGAGACCAGCCGUUUUGAUAGCGACCUGCAGCUGGCCAUGGAGCUCUCAGCCAAAGAGCUGGCGGAGCAGGAGCUCCGGCGCCAGGAGGAGGAGGCAGAGCUGCAGCAAGUCUUACAGCUGUCGCUCACUGAGAAAUAG